AUGGUUUCGUACCACCUCCUCCUCCUCCUCCUUCUCUUUCUUCUCUUUAUUAUUAUUAUUAUUAUCGAUUUUGAUUGGUUGUACAACAGGCAAGCACUUCUCGCCACUCAAAGACAUCAACCCGAUGAGUCUACAAAAAGUUUAUCAGAAGUUCAUCACAAUCGAGAUCUCGACGAUGAUAAACUGUUGGAUGUUGUCGGAACGUCGGACAGUCCUCUACACUUAACGCAUCACAUUCAUCAUUCUGGUGGAAAUAUAAAUAAUUCAGAACUUACGUCGACGCCCGAAGAAGCUUUGAGACGCCGACUACAAGAAGAUAACAUUAGACACGAUAGUGAGAGAGAUGAUAGCAGUUGCUCCGACAGCGGAAACAACACAGCUUUCCGACCGGCUGGAAGUCCUAAUAAAGAUCAUCCCGGUACAUCCGCAUCGGAAGGUUAUCCGAGUCCGGAUAUUUCGGUAGGACCUCCCAUUCAUCCACCGCCGCAUUUGUUACCUUAUUUAUAUCCACCGGGUUUAUAUCCGCCGGGACAUUUGUUGGGGCCUGCACCUCCACUGGGAGGAUUACUCGGACACACUCCUCCGGCGAGCAUGUCAUCAUCGUUGCUGUUUAACGCUCAGCUAGCAUUGGCAGCUCAACAUCCGGCGUUGUUCAGUCACGCAGCGGCAUACACGGCCGGAUUGCAUAAUCCGAUACACGCGAAUCCACUUCAUAAUCAUUUAAAAGCAGCCAUGUCCGGUGCUCACAGAUUUACACCUUAUACUAUUCCAAAUUGUUUGGGUAAUUCCCCGUUGGGUAGCGCUUUCGAACAAGUCACUCCGGGCUCGGGAGUUUUCAAUCACAAUCGAAGUCUCAGUUGUAGUCCUAAUUCUAAAAAUGUACAAAAAUCACCGACUCCAUCUGGUUCUAAUAGUAGUAUACGUGCUAGUUCCGUUUCUCCUAUAUUACGACCACCUCCGACAUCCGGUUUAAAAGCCUCAUCUAUGGCAAUGCCUUCAAACGAUCCAAGAACAAUAUCUAACUCAAAUAGUAGUGCUAGUGAAUUGAAAAACAUUGAAAAAAUGGUGAACGGACUCGAAGUUAAGCACAAUUUAUCCGCGGAAUCAAACGAUAAUAAAUAA